UCUCUCAGCAUAUUGAAGAUAUUACUCAACUCUUUUCUGGAUUUCAUUGAUGCCGCUAAGAAGUCAGCUUUCAGUCUGAAGGUCAUGGUUUUAAAGGAGGAAGACAGCAAGAGCUCAAGUGCCACCAUUCCCUCCAACGUCCCCUCCAACAUUGCCUCCAGCAUUCCCUCGUGCAGGUCCCUGUCAUCCGCCGAGGAUGGCCCCAGCGGCCAUUGCAGUCUCCCAACUGGGGAGCUGGCCCGGAACUUACAGGACAGUGUCAGGCACCGCAUUCUCUACCUCUCCGAGCAGCUGAGAGUGGAGAAGGCCAGCCGGGAUGAAAACACCAUGGGCUACCUCAAGCUGGUGUCCAAAGCCGACCGGCACCAGGCCCCCCACAUCCGGCAGGCCUUCGAGAGGGUGAACCAGCGUGCCUCUGCCACCAUUGCCCAGAUCGAGCGAAGGCUCCGCCAUUGCCACCAGCAGCUGCAGGAGCUGCAGGAAGGCCGCAGGCCCAGGGGCUUCGCGCUGAAGGCAAAGAGCAGCCUGGACGAGUGCAAGCAGCCCAGAGAGAAGACCCCGUUUUCUGAGCCUCCCAAGCCGAGCAGGCCAGACGGCCUGUCCACCAAACUGUCUGACGUUGUCAGACACGUGCCCCUGGAGAGUGACUUCCGAGCCUCGCAGCCAGGGAAGCCCUCCGAGACAAAGUGUGUGGCCCAGCGGCGCAACUUGUUAUUGCAGAAGAUGAAGGAAGACCUGAAGGCAGCCAGGGAGCUCCACCUCAGCCUCCAGGUGUCCUAUCAGAGCCUGAAGGAGAAGCAUGGGACGGACCUGCAGGCGUCUCUAGUGUCCCUUCGGGAAGAGAAAUGCAGACAAGCGCUGCUGGAGGAGCAGGCGGACCAGCACCUGCAGGGGCGCCUGGAUGAGAUCUACCGCCUCAGGCAGAGCCUGGCGAGCGCAGAGGAGAAAAUGGCCUAUCUGUCCUACGAGAGAGCCAAGGAGAUAUGGGAGGUCAUGGAGACUUUCAAGAACCGCAUAUCUAAGCUUGAAACGCUACAACGAGCCACACAAGUGGAGAUGAUGGAGAGCUCCAGGACCCGCCCCCAGAAGUUUGUGUCGCGAUGCGCGAGCCUGCUCCUCACGCUGGCCGCCGUCUUCCUGGUCUUCGUCUCCACUGUGUGCGCCUGUCCCCUGCCACUGGUGACCUCUCGCCUGCGCACGUGCACCACACUCAUGCUCAUCGGUCUUGGGGCCCUGGCCUGGCAGAAGUGGCACGCCCUCCCUGCCGCAGACUGGCAGGCCUGGGUCCCCUCCAGAUGGAGACUGUCUUCCAAGGACUCCAAGCCUCUAUCAGACGGGACUUAA